UGUCCGGAACGUAUUUUACCUUAGAACAUGAAUAUUUAUGGUGAAAAGAGUCAAAGUUCCCUGAAUAUGGUUGUAAAUCGUAGUGACUAUAAACGUAGGAGAAAAGAUGAACCAGAUGUAUUGCCGGAAAGUCCAAAGCGGACAAAAGUGCAUGCUCAGCGCAAAUUCGCUCAGGGCUCUUCUUCGUCAGUAACGAGUCCGACCUUGACUCCUGUCAAGGACAAAGUCAAGGUCAAUGGAUCAGCACCACCAGCUGAGCUGCUUCCGGCCAAGAGGCCUCAUACGGAAGACUUCCUCACGUUUCUCUGCUUCAGAGGAACCAGGAUUCUUCCUGAAAGAUUGAACUUCUUCAACACAGCCUCUGUGCCCGAAUCACUCGAUGAUGAGGCUGGAACGUCCAGCAAUGCAAAACAGAAGAAAAAUUCGGAUCAGGGUCCAUCUACCUCAGACGUUGAUCAUGGCAGGAAUAAGGCCAAGCCAGCCUCUGCCCAGGACCGAGCCGCCAAAGCUCUGCGCAAGAAAUAUCAGGAGCAAAGGCUUGCUAAGCAGAAGAAAACAUGUUUGACCAAACUAACUACUAAAACAGAUCAGUGUUCUCAACUCAAAACUAAAACGACACUGAAACAGAAGCAUAUGAGAGUGGGCCUCCGCAGUGGGGGCCAGUUGCCCCCAGGCAGUGACUUGGGACUCAAGAAUCCAGUCCGAAAAUCCAAAACUGCUUUGCCCAGUAAGAAGGAUCCAACUCCCAGCGAGAAGAACGAGAAACAAUCUAGGUCACCAUUACGGCGAACCGUCAGAGGCAAUUCGAAGCAAAUAGCGAGUCCGUUGAGCGAUUUCUCAUCGGAAGACGAGCAGCCUCUAGUGAAGAAGAAGACAGUGCCACAGGGUCGCCAACAGGCGAAAGCGAAAAGUCCGACUGCGACUGUCAGAGAGAGACUGAGUCGAUCCAGGCCACAGCAUGCUACUGCCUCGACCAGCGGAGUUACUAAUCGGCCAUCAAGAAAAACCAAAGAAGCAGCCGCUCUGUACAUGGAGAUGCUGGGAAAAGACCUUCGUUCGCCUGACGAAGAAUUUGAGGACGAUGAAGUUUCUGUUGAAAGCUUCCCUGAAUUGCCCAACAAGAAGAAAACUGAGCUUAGAGAGAGGGAGCUAAAAGCGCUCGUCGAUAAGAGCAGUAACUCUACGAAAGAAGAAACAAAGGGACGGAAAGCAAUGAAGCCAACCGCUGCCACUCCAAGAGCUCAGAAAGUGAUAGCAAAACGUGUCCUCAGCUCGAAAAUCGACGAAAGAAACAGACGAUUACAACUCAGGAACAAAGCCAAAGGAAAACAUCUACAAGAGAGGAAGAAGAAGGAGGCUCUAAGGAAAAGGAGAGUGAUAUUACUAGCUAGGGCUGCUAAACAAAGAGCGGGCAAAGUGUACAAGGAGAGAUCAAGCAGUGAGGUAGAAUCUAGCUCCCCUUCAAAGUCGUCAAGUCCUGUAAGAGGUGUGGAGUCCAGGAGGUCGUCCCUCACUUUGAAGCAAGCAGCCGAAGCUUUGAAGCAAGCCGCCGAAAAGCUCGCUGAUCUAAGUCCCAGGAAACUAUCAAGCUCCCCGGAAAAAAGUCCGGUUAGAGCUUCCCCUGAAAAAUCUGUCCCAAAGAAAAGGCUGCAGUUUUCUCCGGAAAGAAGUCUCGCUAGACGUGUGGCUAGUGAGAAGAAGACAGCGAAGAAUGUUGGUGAGAAAGCUCAGCCUGCAUCACAACAGAAGAAAACAACUGGAAAAAAUACUACUAAAACUGAAACAGAUUCGAGUCAAAAGAAUGUGAAAGACAAUCAACCAUCAACAAGUUCACAGAGGAAGCAAUCUAUUGACGAAAAAUUGACUUCACAGAGGAAGCAAUCUAUUGACGAAAAAUUGACUUCACAGAGGAAGCAAUCUAUUGACGAAAAAUUGACUUCACAGAGGAAGCAAUCUAUUGACGAAAAAUUGACUUCACUGAGGAAGCAAUCUAUUGACGAAAAAUUGACUUCACAGAAAAAGCAACCAGUGGAAAAGAGUGUGAACGAUAAGAAACCUGUUGAUAGGAAAGCUUCAAAUGCUGCUAAAAGUUUGGAAAAAGAAGAGGUAGAACAACCGAGUUCAUCUGGAAAAAAGUCAGCUGUCAAUGCUUCUAAAAAUGUUUCGAAAUCUAGUGCGGUAUCUAAGGAGAAGAAAGCCACUGUCGUUAAGGAUGAGGAGAAAAAUGAUCACUUUGGAGAGUCCGAUGAAGAACCUCUGACGAAAUUAACGAAAAGGAUGAACAAGAAAGAGGAAGAACCGAAAAAGAUUGACAAAAAAGAGGAGGAAAGUGUGACAGCAACGAAAAAAGUGAACAAAAAAGAGGAGGAGAGUGUGACAGCAACGAAAAAAGUUAACAAAAAAGAGGAGGAGAGUGUGGCAGCAACGAAAAAAGUGAACAAAAAAGAGGAGGAAACUGUUGAAGCAACUAAAAUUGCUGCCCCACCGGUUAAAACUGAAACAAGCAGUGAUAAAAGUGAUAGUCAGGUGAAACCACCUAAGCAACGUAAACAGAAAAGUCCACAGAAGAAGUUGGUGGAUACCAUUACUGAUAAAACCUCGGCGUUUGUUGGUACUAGAGUGGUUAGCACUGAAUCAAAACCUCAGUCACAAACAUCUGGCAUUGACAAAAAGGAGAUGAGAAGCAGUGUUGAAGGUAGCUGUAAAACUAUUGCUGUUGAGAACAAAAAAGAUGAAAAUAAAAACGAAAAACCUACUAAAGAUGAUAAAUUGGUGAAAGUAAGUAAUGUGGAAGUGGUACAAGACAAAAGUGGAAUGAAUGAAGUUAAGAAAGAGGAAAGUAAAGAUAUUUUGUCAGGUGUUGGGAAGGUCGAAUCAAAGCCAAGUAAUAUCACUGUAGGUAAUGUUGAAGUUUUGUCAGUAAAAACUGAGAAACCUACUCUCCCAUCCCAAAGUUCGAAACAAACUGGAAAAAUCAUCAACCAACAGCAAUCUUCAAGCAAGUCAAGUGGAAAUGUAAAGGAAUCACCAGCACAAUCUAGUCUUAAUAAUAGUUCAAAAGGUGGCUCCAACGAAGUUAUUAAACAAUCUGAAACCAAAGUACAAAAUCAGAAGUUGUCGGGAACAGAUGGGGAAGCUUCAACUAGCUCAACACAAUUUGUAGAUACUUCACAGAAAAAGUUGAAAAUUGAGAAAAACUCGUCCUUUGAUGAGGUUGCUACAGAUAAAACGAAGCAAGUCAAGAAAGAAACUGUUCAGAGCUUGAAAAGGGUCAAACUUGAAAAGAGCUCGUCACUUGAAGAAGCUGACAUGAAUAACAAGAGUUUCAAGGAAUCGUCUCUUGAUACUAAACAGGUGAAAACUGAAAAGAACACAGUAGUAGACAAGUCUGCGGUGGAUAAAACCGUUCCACUUCAAGGUAUGAAGACGAUGAAGGCUGAGAAAAGUUUGAAAUCUGAAGAACUUCCAGUCAAGAAGAUUGAACCAGCUCACAGUGCAACAUUGUUGAAAACUGAGAAGAUAACAUCAACAUGUACCGAACCCAAGACCAACAAAACAUCGUCAUGGGCUGCCCAAUCGAUAAGUGAUGCAAAAUUUGAAGCAAACUUGAAACACUCUGCUAGCUUCAAUGAUCCCACUAGCAGCAAGAAAACCACAGACAGUGUUUCAUUUGUACCACUUAGAAUGCCCACUAUCCCCAGGGGAAAAGAAGAGCCCUCUAGUUUGUAUGCUGGGUCAAGUGAAAAAGUAAACCAGACACAAAAUUCUCCAUUGUUUGCAAGUAGAAACACUCACGUUACCGAGGCCGCUAAUAUGAUUGAAGCAGCCACAAGUAAACCCAGAGAAGAUUUGAACUCUUUCUCGGCAGCAUUUAAGAACACUAGUAUGGCUGUACCGAAAACAAAACCAGGCAAAGAAGAUCGAUCUAGUUGUAAACCGGGUUUAAACCCUGAAGAUAGUAGAUCUAAUAGUAAACCGGGCUCAAACCCUGAAGAUAGUAGAUCUAAUAGUAGACUGGGCUUGAACCCUGAAGAUAGAAGAUCUAAUAGUAGACUGGGCUUGAAUUCUGAAGAUGGUAGAUCUAAUAGUAGACUGGGCUUGAACCCUGAAGAUAGAAGAUCUAAUAGUAGACUGGGCUUGAAUUCUGAAGAUGGUAGAUCUAAUAGUAGACUGGGCUUGAAUUCUGAAGAUGGUAGAUCUAAUAGUAGACUGGGCUUGAACCCUGAAGACAGUACUAGAUCUAAUAAUGGUAGACAGACAGUGAACCCUGAUGUGAAGUGUAGCAUGAGAGAUGUUUCACAAAACAAGACAAUACUGUCUGUACCCAAGAUCAAUUUGGAUAGAAGUACUGCUGGUGUUCUAGAUAAAGGGAAAAAAGUUGUACCUUCGGUCGAUGUUAAGGUUGGUAGCAGUGGUCUGUGGUCAGGGGUACCAGAGAAGAAUAGCAGGCCAGAAUCUUCAAAGCUGUUUAUUGGUGAACAAAUGAAGGAUGUUCCAUCUCCAGUAAAAACACCUGUAAAGCUAACCCACGCUCUGCCCGCUGUAAGUCCCGUGAACCCGCAGAACACAAUGAAGCCGAUUGCACGGCCCAGUGUGGAAGUGAAGAAGACGAAAUCUGUGAAUGACACCUGGCGACAGGCGUUCAAGAACGCCAAAAUCCCAAAACCCGGUCAAAGCAGUCCGGUGAUGACUGAUGAUAAACCGUUCGUGAGAAAACCGUUCACAAGUCAUGCCAUGAAGAAGCAGAUACAGUUGGAUGGGAAAGGUGGUGGUGGUGUGACUAGUACAGGCACUCAAAGUGGCGAGGUGGCUGGUGGUUCCAUGAAUCUCAUCACUCCGUUCGCAGUCAAUAGAAAACCAUUUGCCGUUUCUUCCAGUACAACAGUUACACCAUCAAACGUAGCUAGUGGAAGUCCAGCUAAUGUCAACUCAGGCUUAGCUGCGACAAAUGUGAGUCAACCUGUCAUCCCGGUUGUAACAGUUACAAUGAGUACCAAAGACAAAGUAGUGAAUAUCCCUAUACCGGCAGCCACUAGUGAAGACGCAGCAAGGGCUGAACGCACCAUAGAUCCCGAUGAACUCCGUCUGAAAGAAGCCGAAUUCGUCGAGGAUAUCGUGAGGAUGUUUGGGGCAGAAAAGAACAUGUCGAUUGGGAAGAACUCGGAUGUGAGUCCACUUCCCGCACAAAUACUACCACAGACUGCAUUCAACAGUUCCACCACAACAGAGAGGGGCAAGCAGAUAAUCACUUUUACUACGAAGGUUGACAAUCUGGAACCUCCACCCCUGUCACCUGUUGUGAAAAACGUUGUUGAGAAAGUUAGCACUCCGAGUAGAACACUUCCUGAAUCUUCCAACGAUGUCUCUACAAGUAUGGCUUCCCCUGCAAUAACCCUGGAUGACAACAAGUCCAAGGUCCCGGGAAAACGUAAUGACAUAUCACCUUGUAUGUCUCCAGCCAAACCUGCUAGUCCAAUGCUGGAUGACAAGCCUAAAGGCCCAGGAAAACAUCACAACCUACCUCUACCAGUGGAACAGACGCUGAAAACUAAAUCGCUAGUCACCAAAAAACCGCCACCUCUUCAAAAACCGUUCCAAGACCUAAGAAAACAGCAGCAGACGGUGGAUAAAAAUGUGAGCCUCACAUCGUCCCGAACGAUGGACAGUAACGUUUCACCGUUCAUGUCAGACUUCCCGUCGAGCUCUGGAGUAUUGAACAAGAAGAAGGUGAACAUGUCAACGGAAGAGAUAAAGAAAUGGUUGAACGAUAGUACCAGCACCGGUAUCGAGCACACCAAGGAUUGUGGCAUUUUUGAGAAGAACCAAUGCGAAUGUGGACCGAGUUUUGGCGAAGAUAAGACGUCCCCAUUAACGUCGGAACCGUCUAGUCCGCUCACAACGGAAGAUCCCAAUAAGAGUUUGAAGGUGAGUGAGCCAAAAGUGAUUCCUACAGGUGGUAUGGAACCUGGACCUUCUAAAGUCAACAACAUAAAUACGGCCGUAAAUAAACAGGUGGAGAAAACCACCAGCGUUGAACCAAGUGCUGUGGAGUCGAAAAUGACCAGUAAUGUGUUUAAACGUCAGCAACAGACUUCGUCCCCUCAAACUGGGUUUAAAGCGGUGGAACCUACUCAAACUAGGUUGGGCAAAUCGGUGGAUUCAUCUCAAACUGGGUUCGGGAAGUCGGUGGAACCUAGUCAAAGCGGGUUUGGGAAAUCGGUGGAACCUACUCAAACUGGGUUCGGGAAGUCGGUGGAACCUACACAAACUGGGGUUGGAAAAUCGUUUGAACCUAGUCAAACUGGGUUCGUGAAAACGAUGGAUUCACCUCAAAAAUCGUCUCCUGUUGAGUUGAAGAGUGCGUUUGUUGGGGGUUCGUUGGUUUCGAACAGAACCAAGUUUGGAGCAGUUGACAGAACACCGACCAAAGAGGACGAUCGAUUGAAGGUAUCGGUUGACGGGAGGACAAAAAGCGAUGCGCAGUCGCCUAAUGCGCAGUUCUCUCCACCAAUGGCAGUCGCGCAGUUCCAGCAUCGCGACGAAACCUCGUCCAAUGACGAGUCGCCAGAAAAAUCGUCCUCUAGUUCCGUACAACACGAACGUCGCUCGAUUUUCCACCAGAAGCGUUCGGUUUUCCGGUCGCGUCCGUCGCUUUCCCGCAGUCCGAGUGCGUUUUCUCCGGAAAAUGAGAGCAGUGUGUACGCGUUCGAGCCAGAUUUGCCCCCUACUAGCACGCCCUUCAGAGCCAGUAGGGCCAAGGGCCACAAGGAGGGGCGCGCCUCCAAUGCGACCACCGAUGAUGAGGAUGCUGGCCUCAGCAGCAACUCCAUUGCUGUGCAGGUCAACAUUGAUAGUGAGGAGGUGCUAGAAUGCUCGACACAGACUGAUGACGACGAUGGCGAGGGUGGUGGUGGGGGUGGUGUGUUCUACAUUCCGCUGCAGAGGGGCGCCGGGGGCGGUGACCUGGGGGCGGAGGGUGGAGGCGGAAGUGGGCAUCAGGUGAUACAGGGUGUGGCAGUCAAGCUGGGCACUGAGGGUCCUGACCAGCGGGUCAUCAUGAGUGCAAAACUGGUCACUAAACCAAGGUCAACGUUCGCUGCCACAUCUACGCCUAGACCGUUGAUAGGCCGUGGUGAGUCUAUGGGCAAGCCGGAACAGAAGGUGAAACCGCUGACAAUGCAUGCCGUCAAACCGCCCGUGGGCACAGUGCAGCCCACAGCACGGGUCACCACUGUUCAAACUGACGCCAAACCCCCCAUGGACACUGUCAAAAAGAUCGACAAAGAAAUCCCGGCGGCCGACUUUGAUCGUCCCUCGAAACCAGCAGCCGAUAAGUCUACUGACUGCGCUGUCACUAGAAACAGUACAACAGCAGCUGCUAAAAACAGUACAACAGCUUCUAAAAACAGUACAACAGCUUCUAAAAAUAGUCCAACGUCGGCGGCCGACCGAGAUAAAGGCUCGCAGCGCUCUCGCUCCUCAUCGCGUUCACGCUCUCCCUCUCCCUCCCCGCUGCCACGGCGCAAGGCGGCUGUCACGUCAGCCUUCCUUUCGGCGACGUCGGCGGAAAGAAGCCGCGCCGGUAGGAAACAGUCGCCGGCUCCGUUCUUGAGCAAGAAGAGUCGCAAGUCCUCGCCGUCCUUGAAAGAUGACGGGCAGAUGGCUGGGCCUUCCGGCAAAGGAAAGAGAUCGAAAGGCAAAGGCGGGGCAGCUCCUGAUAAUGCUAGCACCCAGUUUGGAGCCAACCUGGAAGAGGCUCCUGUCUUCUACCCGACCGAGAAAGAAUUCCUCGAUCCUCUCGAGUACAUUGAGAAGAUUCGACCAGUUGCCGAGAAGUUUGGCAUCUGCAAGGUUAUACCUCCUGCUGAUUUCAAGCCGGAAUGCAAGGUGAGCGAUGACAUGCGUUUCACGGCGUACAACCAGUACGUACACAAGAUGCAGCAGCGAUGGGGGCCCAACGUCAAGGAGAUGUUGGCCAUCAGGCGCCAUCUUGCCACGCAGAGCAUCAGCAUGAGUCAGCCGCCAUGGAUCGGUGGCAUGGAGGUGGACCUGCCCCGGCUGUACCAGACAGUGCAGAACUGCGGUGGCCUGAAGGAGGUGAUGGAGAAGAAGCGGUGGACGCGGGUGGCCGACGCCAUGCGCAUCCCCAAGUUCGCACAGGACCGCGUCACCAAGCUCGACGACAUCUACUGCAAAUUCCUGUUGCCCUACGACACCCUCUCGCAUGAUGAACGCACACGACUAUUCCAACAAGUCGAGUUGGAGUGGGAGAGACGGAUGCUGAGAAACGACAGCUAUUAUGAUGACGAUGACGAAGAUGAUGACUCUUCUGACAGUGAUGACAGCUGUAAUCUGGAAGAGUGCAUUGUCAAGGGGAAAACAAUGGCACUGAGCGCUUUCUACAGAGUGGCGCGUAACACGAUGGCCGUUCACUUCCCGAAGAACGACUCGCCAUCGGCGGGUGAAGUGGAGGCUGAAUUCUGGGGGCACGUGGCUUCUCGACAGAGUCACGUGUGCGUUCACUCAGGUUCGAUUGACUCUGGCCCUCACGGCUACGGGUUCCCCAUUGUGAAGAACAGCGCCACGUCGAAACAUCCCUGGAACUUGAAGGUGCUCACCAACAAUGCCGGGACGAUACUGCGGUCGCUGGGGCCGCUCAUGGGUGUGACUGUGCCCACUCUGCAUGUGGGAAUGGUGUUCACCACCUGCUGUUGGUACAGAGACCCUCACGGUUUGCCGUGGAUAGAGUACCUCCACACCGGAAAAAGUAAAAUAUGGUACGGCAUCCCAGACUCGUCGAGCGCCGCAUUCCGGCUGGCGAUGGAGGAGUGCGUGCCGCGACUGUGUCGCCGCGACCAGCGACUUUGGCUGGCGUCGGACACGGCGAUGGUGUCGCCGCACCUGCUGGCCGCCCGCGGCGUGCGACUGUGCCGCACCGUGCAGCAGCCGGGCCAGUUUAUCGUCGUCUUCCCCAAGGCGUUCACCUCGUCAGUGUGCACCGGCUACCUGGUCUCAGAGAGUGUCUACUUUGCGCAGCCAUCCUGGCUGGCUACUGCGCAUGCUGUCUUCAAGGAUAUCAGUGAUAGUAGUGAGCCUUCAAUGUUCUCAUUGGAGAGGCUUCUAUUCAGUAUUGCAUCGGAUGCGAGAUCUCAUUUGGACGUACUGUCACAGGUGUUACCAAUGGUGGAAGAGAUAAAAGAGUCGGAACUGAACCAAAGAUUUGAGCUGGAGAAGCUGGGUCUGACGCAGACUGAACGCAUCCACUUGAGCAAGGCGCGAGGCAAGUCAAGGUUGGCGCACGACGAGGAUGGAGACUAUGAGUGUGACACGUGUCGCGCCAAUCUCUUUCUCUCUCUGGUGAAAAAUACACAUGAAGAUAAUGUCUACUGUUUAAAGCAUGCAAUUGAGCAUCUGAAAGAGAAACACGGGGACCUGAAGCAUUACAGUCUUUUGUACACCUACAACGGCGAAGAAUUCGAUGAGCUGAUUGAGAAGAUCAAGACACGAAUCGAGCAGAAAAGUCAGAAAAAACAGCAGGGAAAACCAUCGUCGGCCGCCGGUUCCAGCUCGUCAAAGCAUGACCAACAUUAGACGCCCUGAGUGUUAUCACAUUCGCUAAUUCAAUUUGUAACAUUAUUAGUUGAUUUACGAACUAGUCACAUUGUAAAGUAGGUUAUGUUUGCACUCCUUCAAUUUCUGUCGCUAGUUUCCCUGGAAAGUAUCAACUGAAGAUAUUUGUCUAUAUUUCUCGGUGAUUACCUCUUCCCUCAACGACAGACAUCGUUACUUUUACACAAUGUGGUGUUUAUAAGAAACUGAAAUUUGAAAAUCAAAUGGUUCAAUUUUCAACAAUUUUUUCCCAUUUUUGUACAACUGUGCAGGUUUUCUCGAUUAGAAACUUGUCCUGAGUUCAAUUCCUCAAAGCGUUUACUAUAAAAAACCUUUAAACUUCAUAGACCAUUCUAUGAAACAAUGUGGAACUUUUACAAAUCAUAGACCAUUCUAUGAAAUGUGUGGAACUUUUAAACUUCAUAGAGCAUGCUAUGAAACCUAUGUAGAUUCCCGUAUAUAGAAAAUUACGGGUUAACAAGAUAGGGUUUAUCAUUGAAGGAAAUUUCCUACUUUAAAAUGGGUCCAGAUACAAGUGAAAAUUGUUGAACCGCUUGAUACAAGGUUGCUAAUUCAUAUCCUAUCACUGUAGCUUUUAGUGGAGAAUCCCUGUUAGUGUUACUCGUCACUAAUAUUUUUAUCAGGUAUAGUUUUUAUUUUAACAUUUAACUAUCGUUCUCGAGUCGAACUUUUCAUUUCAUCACAGAAUAUUAUGUAUAUUUUAGUCAAUUUUUACUACCUCGAAGACUUGUUUUUUUCGUCAACUACAGCCUUAUUAUAUUCAUAAUCAUACGCUUCCAUGUAGUUUAGUUGUUUCAAGUAGCGUCUAGUAUUAUUUGCAUGAUCUUAUGAGCUUUCUACAGGGUUUGAAAAACAUAUAUAUAUUUCGCACACUGCUUGUAGCUUAUCACAGACCCACUGCCUGAAUAGUCUGACAUUUUAUACUGGUUCUAUCUUAUUGUGGUUAAGAUAUUCAGAGUACCUUCUACAAGGAUACUUACUCUAGAGUUCUAGAGUAUCACAGAUUGUAGUUGGGAGUCGGAAAAAACAAGAGCCUAAUCAUUAAUGCAAGAAUGAGAAAAAUAAAAGGAAAAUAAGUAGAAGAAGAUGGAGAAGUAGUGAUAGUAGUAGAAGAAGAAGAAGAAGAAGAAGAAGGUAAAGGAUGAGAAGAAGAAGAAGAAAAAGAGUUUAGAGGAUUAGGAAGAAGAAAACGAAGAUUAAAGGAAUAAUAUAUCAUCAAAUCUCGUGUCUCAACACCGUAUGUAUUCCAGAAGAGUCACUUGAGAGAAUCCUUUGUCUGUUAUUGGUGUUUCUAUCAACCAGUGUUAAUGAUAUAGUUGUUGUCCUGUAUUUUUUGGUAAAUUACAUACAUUUUGUAACUGAGAAUAUUUGUAGGUGCCCUAUUUCCUCAAUGUAGGCUUACUAGUCUUGCCACCUCUAAUCUAAUUUAUUCAAACCAAUAAGAAUAUAUUCAUUUCCAAUCAGAUUAUUGAAGCAAAGUUUCAAAGCUUUUUAUAGAAAGAUUAAUUUUAACCUCAAUUGCCUUUCCAUUUUUUAGCGUUACUAUACACAAAAAUUGUAGAAUAUUCAUAUACAAAACAAAUUAAAAACUGUAGAUUAUAAGGAUAAACAGUAAGAUUUAUCCUCAAUUUUAUAUUAUUUUUGAAAUUUUAUUUUAAUUAAAACUUGGCAAUUACAUCAUUAUCCAAGCAACCGCAAAUGAUAUUAUUUGGUUAUGAAAUAUGUUACAAUAUUCUAAUUUAUGAAUUAAUUUCUUCUGGAGAUACAAUUUUUCAUUGGUUUUAAUCUUAUCAUGACUUAGUUAAUCAUUGUCUCUCACUAGUCAUUUAAGUUUCUUGGGAAGUAAUAUUAUUUUUUUCUCACAAACAUUAGAAUUACAUAUUUCGGUUUGUCUUCCAAUGCAAUAUUACAGUUGCAACAUACUAUACUGUUUAUUUAGCUGCUAAAAGUUGUUUUAAUUUCAAAUUUUGAAUUAAAAUUUUAAAAUUGCCGUUUUGUUUUAGCUGCUACAAAUUAUUUUUAUUCCAAUUUUUAAACCAAAAUUUUUUAACCAUUUAGGCAUAACGAUUCCAGAGUGUAUUUGUUGGUUCAUUCAAUUCUGAUAGAUAUUAAACAAAUAAUUCCAAUGAUUCAUCUAAAUUACUGUUAUAUUAUCACUCUUGUGAAAUUUCCCAAUUUCCAUACAAGCGAUUAAAAAUGGAAUCAUGCUAGUGUAAUCUUGAAGCUGCUCCAGCUUUACCAAAUUUUGUUGGAAAAUUGAGUUUGAAAUGUUUACCAAUGUUUUUCGUUGGAAAUCAAAGUCGAAUAUCUUCAAACUAUUGAGUAGUCAAGUUGGUUUUUAGUUACCCUCUAAGUAGCAUGCUCUGUUUCCAAACAUUCCAAAUAGCUGUUAGUCUAUACUUUUUGAUAUACAUGUAUGAUAAUUCUUUUAGUUUAUUGAUUUAUUUUGAACUUAGAAAGCUACUUGUUGUUUUAGCCUUUUGAAAAACAUUUUGUUUGAGGAAUAUAUUUAUUAUUCCAUUGAAAUUCAAUAAUGUAUCAGCAUUUAUUUGAUAUCGUAAUAACAUUUUUUGUGUUAAAAAGUAAGAGAGCAAAUCACUCAAAAAUAAUUAUUUCAUUUUGUAAAAAAAGACACAAAAGAUUUUGUCAUCAUAACACAUCUAUCACUGAAUUGUGUAUUUUUCUUAGUAAAUUCAUAACUAUUAUUGUUAUGGAACAUUUUAUUUUAUUUGUUUGAUUUUUUAUAAAGAACCUUCUCAGAUUUUUUCCUAGUCUUGAACGUUUUUCUCGUAAUUUGUUUAUUUUUAUUAUUAUUGAUUGAUUCUUUAUUAAUCGAUAGAUUUUUAAUUACUUUUUAUUUAAUCACUUGAUACAGUAAAUAAAUUCUAACAUUGAUGUAGUGUAUAUUUUUGCAAAAUAUAACAUAAAUCUGAUUGAUGUUUUAUGGAAUUUUAAUGCUAUAAAGUGGAUUAGUAAAAAGCUUUAAAUGUUUGAUAACUGUAAUUUGUAUAGAUUUUAUACAAGAAUGUUAAAUUUCUUUGAUAUACCUAUUGUGCUUGUAGACUAGUAAACGCGACAUACAAUUUUUGAGAUAAUUCAGUCACAUUUCAAUGUUCACCUGUAUCAAUGUUACAUAAUUUCUAAUAAAUCAACAUUGAAAAAUCACAUAGAAGCUCUGUAUAUUUUUAUAACAUUUUAUAUGCGUAUAAAAUUGACGGUAAAUUCUUCAAUGAACAGUGAUAAGAUUAAUAAAUUGAUAAGAGUAAUUUAUUAACUUCAGAAAAAGUUUUAUUCAUAUAAAAGUUUAAAUGGAAAACAUUAGUUUGAGAAUUAUUGUAUUCAUAUAUUAAAUUUGAAAUGAAAGCUAUUCUAAACUUGGUUUGUAUCACUGAGCAUAUUGUAAUUAUAAUCACUAAAAUCUAAAAUUGUAUCAUUUAAACAUUGAAUUGUAUUUUUUUCAAGUUGAAACGCAUUCAUUUACUUGAGCUUUGCUGCUACAGCUAGUCUUUCCUAUCUAAAUUUUCUGUGGUGUAGGUUUGUUCUUAUAUGAAGAUCAAUUUUUUCUGAUCUGAAAACACUCUGAUGAGUAUCCUUCUCAUGAGAAGUAUUUCUACACAAUUAAUUUUCCCUUUCUUAAUCUUCUAUGUAUAUUUUUAAUCAAUAACAUCACAAAAUUUCACCACAGUAGGACAGUGCUAAUUGAAUGGAAAAUCAUAGCAAUCUACUGUAAUAAUAUUUUUUUCUUUAAAUAGAAACGUCAACAUGUUGAGUACAAGAUUAAAUUCUAAUAACAUAAGUACUCUAGCAUCUCAAGUUUAUUGUUGAAAUAUUGUUCAAUUUUAUUCUAUGUGAUGAAUCAAUUUAUUGUUACAAUUGUAAAUGUUUAAAUCUGUUUUAAGGUCUUGAUGAGACAAUAUUAUUACAUUCAAAUGUGUUUUAUCAACUUCUAAAAACGUAGGUAGAUGUGUGCUGAAAUAGAAAAAUAUCUAUAUUAUGUUAUAUCAAUGAAAGAAUUUAUGUAGAUGUUUCCCCAAAUGUGUAAUAAUUAUAUGUAAUGAAAUUUAAUUAUGUUCAAGCUUGAAUUUAAUUUUAACUUUGCACUAUUGUAGUAACUAAAACAGCUGUUGUUUUGAGAUAUAGAUUUGACAGAUAGUUUAAUGACAAUACAUAUAUUUAUGUCUUUCAUUACUUCUAGGACAGUUCAAAAAAAUGAAAAACUGUGAAAGCUAAUCCAGAUUUUCAUUGAACUGUCAUUAUAUAAUAUCUUCAAAGUAGAUACAGUUUCAAGGAAGUAGGCUUCCAAAUAUUUUGUAACUUUAUUUUACCUCACAUUUUCUGUAGUUAUCUUUCAAAUCUUGUAAUAUUAUAUAUCUUCAAAGUGUAAUAUUUAUGUAGCUAUUUCAAAUUAUACAAAGUGUAUCAUAUUAA